UGUCCACAGUUAUGUCCACCCAGGGCCUGUUUGGACACCUGUGCCUGAUGUUCACCAGGGGCCGGAUGUCCUCAGGCCUGAUGUCCACCUAGGGCCUGAUGUCUGCCUUGGGCCUAUGUCCCUCUGGGGGCCUUGUGUUCACCUGGGGACUGUAUCCAGCUGGGGCCUGAUGGCCUACCAGGUCUUGUUGUUCACCUAAGGCCUUGUGUCCACCUGGGGACUGGUGAUCACCUGGGGCCUGGGUGUCCACUUAAGGCCGGAUGUGCACCUAAGCCCUGAGUUUUCACCUGGGCCUGAUGAUCACCUGGGGACUGGGUGUGUACCUUGGGUCUUUUCCCUUUUCCUGAGCAGGGCUUGCAGUUUCCAAACCAGACACAAUCUCCCAGUUGGAGAAAGAAAAAGGAUCCUAGAUGAUAGUGAGACAAAUUUCAGGAAACUCCAUCCAAAUAAGUAAAUGAGAAUGAGGAUAUAGGAUUCAUUGCAUGGUGGCAUGUUCCUGCAGUCCCAGCUAUUCAGGAGGCUGAGGUGGGAGGAUCGCUUCAACCCAGGAGUUCAAGGCUGCAGUGGGGUCUGUAUCUCCAGUGCUCAGAUCGGAAGCAUCUGCUGCAAGCGUGGGUGACCCCCAUCGUGGAACAAUUUCACUCUCUGGCAAUAGCAAUGUGAGCCUUCUGUUUCCAAUGUGAGUUUGAAAUCCACGGCCAGUGAGAGAUUCAUCAGAUUUGUAACAGAUUAAUCCUGGACCUAUUAAUCCUGGACCAGCUCACGUUGUCCAGCUUCGAGGCCCUGGGAAGUUGCCACCAGGAUGGGGUGUGGAUCAACUUCCUCCAGGAUCCAGAGAGCAUCCCAGCCAGCCUCAGGGUCAGGAAAGGAGCCCAGCCUCUCCAGGAGCCAGACAGGCUCACAGCAGGCUCUCCUGGGGCUGAAGCUGAGUGCGGAUCAGCUGGCCCUGGUCUACAGUAUACUGGGGCUCUGCCUGUGUGCCAUCUUCUGCUGCUUCCUAGUGGCAGUGGCCUGCUUCCUCAAGAAGAGGGGGGAUCCCUGCUCCUGCCAGCCCUGCUCAAGGCCCUGUCAAAGUUCGGCCAAGUCUUCCCAGGAUCACGAGGUGGAAGCCAGCAGCCCUGUGGGCACAUCUCCUGAGCCAGUGGAGACCUGCAGCUUCUGCUUCCCCGAUCACAGGACCCCCACCCAGGAGAGUGCGGUCAUACCUGGGACCCUCAACCCCGUGGGUGAUGGAAGGUGGAGGCACCCUGUGAGGUGCCCUGAUAGAUGGUGGCCUUGGCAUUGUGUGCGGAUGCACCCAGGAGAGGGUCCCAGGUGCCUGAACAGGGGCAAGGAGGAACAGGAGGAGGGAAAGAGAUGGAGAGAGACAGAGAGGAAAGGAGAGAUGAGGAGAGAAACAGAGGAGGCAGAGAGGAAGAGAGAGACAGAGCAGGAGGUCAUGGCUUUCUGGGUCCCAGUUCCGAGUGCAGCUGUAGGUCAUCAUCACCUAAACACAUGUGCAAUAAAGUCCUUGUGCCUCCUGCUCACAGCCCCCGAGAGCCCCUCCUCCUGGAGAAUAAAGCCUUUGGCAGCUGCCCUUCCUCACUGCAUUGUAGUUGUGUCUAAUGAACCAAGAUGUCCCGCCUAUCACCUUCCUGGGCUCAAGGCUCCACCAAAUGCUGCCCCCUCAUUUUGGGAGGACCUGUGGUGCCCCCAUCUCACCAAGCUCCUGAGGAAGCUUGUGACCUUGGGUUGA